CCGCUCGGAUCGUGAUCUUGUGCCCCGGACUGGACCGCAGCGCAGCCCUCCAGCCUUGUCCUGGCGUCAGAAGCGAGAACCUGUGCUGAAGUAAGAAACACCCUCACUGGAGACAUUCAAAGAUUGGACUUUUCCAGAACAGAAAGGAAGCUCAUGCAUCAGAAAAGGUGACUAAUAAACGUCCAAAAGAAUAUGGCUGCACAAAUACCAGAAUCUGAUCAGAUCAAACAGUUUAAGGAAUUCCUUGGGACCUACAAUAAACUUACAGAAACCUGCUUUCUGGACUGUGUUAAAGACUUCACCACAAGAGAAGUAAAACCUGAAGAGACCACCUGUUCAGAACAUUGCUUACAGAAAUAUUUAAAAAUGACACAAAGGAUAUCCAUGAGAUUUCAAGAAUAUCAUAUUCAGCAGAAUGAAGCUCUGGCAGCCAAAGCUGGACUCCUUGGCCAGCCACGAUAGAUAUAAAAGUCCUGAUGGAUGGAUUUUCAUGAGAGAUUGCCAAGCGCUGCUGCCCUGGAGAUGAGGGUUCAUCUGAGGGAGUCCCCUGAGAGCAGUGGCCACCGUGUCAAACCAUCUGUCAUGAGUAUUUGGCAAGCAGAAGCCACUGGAGAAGCCAAGUUGCUAUUUACCAGGAAUAAUCAAAAUAGGUCUUAUUAUUCAGUGAAAAUAAUAAGAUGCAACAUUUAUUGAGGCCUUAAGAUUCAGCAGUUUGGUCACUUGAUUAGAAAAAUAAACCAUUGUUUCUUCAAUUGUGACUGUUAAUUUUAAAGCAAAAUAUGUGUUGAAUCAUGUAUGAGAUAGAAAAGAAUUUAUUACUAAAAGCAAAAUAAAUGGAAAUAUCACUGA